AUGACUCCGCAGCACGAGACAACCUUUAGGUCAUCACUGGCCCAUCACCGGAAGCUCAUCACCGUCCAUCACCGCGGAAGAUCAUCACUGUCCAUCACCGCCCAACACCAUCCAUCACCGGAAGCUCAUCACUAUCCAUCACCGCCCAACACCAUCCAUCACCGCGAAGUUUACUACUGUCCAUCACCAUCCAUCACCGAAGCUCGUAUCACCGCUCAUCACCGCAGUAGCUCAUCACCGCCCAUCACUAUCCAUCACCGUGCGGAAGCUCAUCACCGCCCAUCACCAUCCAUCACCGUGAAGCUCAUCACCGCCCAUCACCGCCCAUCACCGGAAGCUAUCACCGUGAAGCUCUUACCGUCCAUCACCAUCCAUCACCGAAGCUAUCACCGCCCAUCACCGCAGCUCAUCACCGCCCAUCACCAUUCAUCACCGCGUGAAGCUAUCACCGCCCAUCACCGCGGAAGUUUCUUCACCGCCCAUCACCGCGAAGCUCAAUACCGCCCAUCGCGGAAGCAUCAAUACCGCCCAUCACCGCGGAAGCUCAUCACCGCCCAUCACCGCGGAAGCUCAUCACCGCCCAUCACCGUGAAGUCAUCACCGCCCAUCACCGAAGUCAUCACCGCCCAUCACCGUGAAGCCUCAUCACCGCCCAUCACCGCGGAAGCUCAUCACCGCCCAUCACCGCGGAAGCUUAUCACCAUCCAUCACCGCGGAAGCUCAUCACCGCGAAGCUCAUCACCAUCCAGCACUGUGAAGCUCAUCACUGCUAUCACCGCGAAGAUCAUCACCAUCCAUCACCGUGAAGCUCAUCACCGUCCAUCACCAUGA